AUGUGCCACUCGAACCCGCCGUGCCCCACCGAGACCACCCUGCCGGUGGACGGCGGCUGGGGCGAUGGCCGCCAGCAGCGGUUCCGGUUCGAGUGCGCGGCGCCGGUGGCGGAGCCCGGCCUGAUCCGGGUGUCGUCAGUCCGGCUGGACGAGCGGCACUGUGACGCCGAUGGACGCUGCUCGCCAGCCAACUGGACGGGCCUGGGCUGGGGCGACUGGAGUCCGUGGUCCGAGUGUUCCGUCCCUUGCGGCGGCGGUGUGCAGACCAAGUCUCGCACGUGCGACGGAGACAGCGCCGCCUGUCUGGGACCCAGCCGCGUGGAGCAGGAGUGUAACGUUCAACGCUGCAAAGGCGACUGGUCCUGCUGGUCCGAGUGGUCCGCCUGCAGCGUCUCCUGCGGUGUGGGCCGUCGCCGGCGCGACAGAGAGUGCCGGGCGACUGCGGCCGCCGGCUCCGCCGACGUGAUCUGCGACGGUGCUGCCACCUCUGAGGAGCCGUGCGAAAUGACCAGCUGCACGAGCCUUGAGGGGUGGAAUCAAUGGUCCGUGUGGAGCCUGUGCGACGCACGCGGCGAGCAGCACCGCGCCCGCCACUGCAUGGUCUCGGAGCCGGGCGGCGAGCUGUGCCAGGGCGAAGACCGCCAGGCCCGGCUCUGCGUCGACACUGGCGACGCGGAGUGA